CAUAAUAUCCAAACAAAACUGGAUCAAUGUCGGGGCCCCAAAGACAUCUCCACCGGAUUGUCAAGUGCAGACAGCUUCAGGAGAUAGAUUGGGAAUAGAAGCCAUGUUCCGAGCAACGUACACUAUCGUACAGAUUGGGCAUAGAAGCCAUGUUCCGAGCAACGUACACUAUCGGAGGAACUCAACAGAAAGGCUCCGACCUGAUGGAUGAGUUUGGGCUCUGGGACGUACCAUUUUCGUCCUUCUGGAAGCUGGUCGGUAGCCAACAAUCUGAUCAGCAGAUAGUGGAAUUAAAAGCAAAGUUCCCCGCUAUGUCUACCAACCGUAUGGGUCUGUGCACUGCAACACAAGUGCGACUCACUCUCAAGCCGGACGCUCAGCCUGUAUUCAAACCGAAGCGACCAGUUUCAUACAACAUGGAAGCCGAUGGCGAAGAUGAACUGAAGCGACUGGAAGAUUUGGGCGUCAUCACUCCAGUCACCUAUGUGGAUUGGGCAGCAGCCAUCGUGGUGGUUCGCAAACCAGACCGCUCCGUUCGUAUUUGCGCAGAUUUUUCUACUGGAUUGAAUAGUGCGCUUGAAUCAAACAGAUGUUUAGCCACAUCGACCUAUCCGAUGCAUACCUUCAAGUCGAGGUCGACGAAGAAAGUAGGAAGCUUAUCACGAUCAACACCCACAAGGGACUCUAUCGUUUCAACUGAUUUUCCCCUGGGGUCAUGAGCGCCCCCGGUGCUUUCUAACAAAUCAUGGAUGCCAUGCUGAGUGGAUUAUGAUGUACAUCUCCGUACCUCGACGACAUCCUGGUCGGUGGUCGCACCGCCAAGGAGCACAAGAAAAUUCUGUAUCGUGUUUUGCAGGGACUAAAAGAGUACAGAUUCACGUUCAAGUUCGAGAAGUGACGUUUCUUUAUGCGUCAGGUGAAGUACCUGGGCCAGCUUCUUGAUACGGACGAUAUCCGCCCCGACCCAGACAAGGUUGAUGUUAUCGUCAACAUGCCUCCAUCUCAUCAUGUUCCCACGCUUCGAUCGUACUUGGGUGCGAUUAACUAUUAUGGGAAAUACAUCCGCGAAAUGCGCACACUUCGCCAACCGCUGGAUGAACUGCUUAAGAAAGGUAACAGUUUCCAGUGGUCUGAUGCUUGCCGGCGUUCCUUUGAUCGUUUUAAGGAAAUCCUCCAGUCACCGCUCAUGCUGACACAUUAUAAUCCUCGCCUUGAAAUAGUUGUGCCGGCAGAUGCUUCAAACGUGGGAAUUGGCGCCCGCGUCGCACACCGGUUUCCAGACGGAUCAGAGAAAGCCAUCUAUCAUGCAUCCCGAAGUUUAACUCCAGCCGAGUCUCGCUACAGAUCGAGAAAGAAGUCCUGGGUUUGGUGUACGCGGUCACAAAAUUCCACAGAAGACCGAUCACAAGCCGUUGUUAGCGAUUUUCGGUUCAAAGCGUGGUAUUCCGCCAUAUUCAGCAAACCGCCUCCAACACUGGGCCCAAAACAUACUUCUGUACGGCUUCCGUAUCGAGUACAUUUCCACUGACCAUUUCAGACAUGCAGAUAUUCUCUCGCGUUUAAUUAACAUGUUAAACCCGACGAUGAAUACAUCAUUGCAUCGAUUGAGAUGAAAACAGUUAUCUGCAGCAUUGUCUGCCAGUCCAUCGAGCGUCUCCCUGUGUCGUUUAAGACGAUAUCCGCCGAGACCAGCAAGGACCGGACGUUUCAGAAAGUCGUGGAGCUCGU